GUUGCUCUGCAUUUCGGAGGACGGCAAGGCAGCCACGUAUAUAUUAUACCCACAAAAUAUAGUUGAAGUGUUUUUGUCGGGAUCGAGGAACGGCACCGACGUGGCCAGAAGCAAUACCGAAAAUAAUAAUAGUAUACGAAAGAAGUACGACAAUCACGCAUACGCGCACAACGCACCACAUCGUGGACCUCUCCUUUCUUUUUUUCCCAGUCCCUUGCCGUCCCAACUAGACACGCUUCCUCACGCCUUCCCAACUUUAUAUAAAGGUCCGCCAUGUCCAAAUCAGCGUCGUCCAAGAAGUCCAACAUCGUGGCCUUUUACGAGGUGCACGACGCGCAGUACGGCCUCCUCAGCCCCCUCUCCCCCACCCCACUCGUCGUCCGGCACGUGCAGUACCCCUCCCUCCACCACUACUUCUUGUGCGAGCGCUUCAAGGACACGCCGGCCGAGCAGUGGAUAUUGGAGGCGACGACGGUGUGGUCGCUUGACCGACUCGUCAAGACCGCUGAGGCGGAAGGCUAUCAGCGGAGUAACUGGAAUAAAGUGAAGGUAGACGUGAUGCUGCUCGGCACGUAUCUGAAGUUCAAGCAAAACGAAGCCGCCCGCGCGGUGCUGCUGAAUACGCAGGCAGCGUUGCUGCUGUACCACACGACGACGGAUGACUUUUGGGGAGACGGCGGCGAUGGGAAGGGAAAGAACGUGCUGGGCACGGUGACGAUGGCGGCGCGGUCGCGCUUACUGGCGGACCAGGAGCGUCAGCAGCAGCUGCUGCAGCAGCAACAGCAGUCGUCACUUCCGCAGCCGCAGCAACCGCCGUCGAGUAAGCGCGGGGAGGCGAGUACGCGAGCGGUGAAGGUUGGCGCCGGAGCUGCUCGUGCCUAA